AUGACUUCACCUUCACCUAUGACCUCUGACCUCUCACCCGCCUUCCCUAGGCACUGUAUCAGCUUCAGUGAUACUAUACUCUCGCUAGACUAUCGCAUACUUCCAAACAUGACUGAGGAGUGGGCGGAGGAGGUGGGAGGCAACGGCAAAUGCGGCUGCAACCUGACGGCGCUGGUGAACCUCGUGAGCCUCCGCAUUCCUCGGGGGCCGCCAGGACCUCCGGGGAGAGAUGGACGACCCAGCCCCCCAGGACUCUCGGGCAACCCAGGACCUCAAGGAGAACGCGGCCAGCCAGGGCGUCGAGGGGAGAAGGGCGAGCGAGGGGAAGUAGGAUCCCCGGGCCCCGAAGGAAUCCAGGGGUCGAAGGGAGAGGCAGGGAAGGACGGCUUGGUAGGCCCCACCGGCGCCCCAGGACCCGCAGGACCCCCCGGCCCCCCCGGCUGGCUCAGAGGGCACGGGGAUUCGAGGACGUCUGGUUGGGGAUACCGCUCUGGCUACCAGGUGGAGGGACUAGAGACCGACGUCCUCUUCGGGGGGAACGCAGGCGAGCCGGGGCCCCCAGGAGCUAAAGGGCCAGUGGGCGACGUAGGCCCCCGAGGACCCCGCGGACACCAAGGCCUCAAGGGCGAGAGAGGCAUGAAGGGAAGCAAAGGCCAGAAGGGAGAGGAGGGACCCCAAGGACCCGUAGGACGUCUAGGGGACAAGGGAACACGAGGACCCCCUGGCGUCGAUGGGCUGCCAGGGACCCCAGGACACAAGGGCCAAAAAGGACCCCCCGGCAUAGGACGCAAAGGACCCCCAGGAACGCCAGGAGAGAAAGGAAGUCCAUUUUACUCAACGGAAUACGUGAGGAACAUCGUACUGACGUCACUACAGCAAUACGUGGACAUCAACCCCGCCAACAGAGAAAAUUUGAGAGAGAUCGCCGAGCGCAUCGAAGUCAUCCUCCCGAAGGGCAAAGACGGCAUGCCAGGGGCGCCAGGACCCAUGGGACCUAAGGGCGAGGAAGGGCGCAUAGGCCCCGUAGGACCCCCAGGGCACCCCGGUCACCCAGGACCUAUUGGCGAGUCAGGAGAAGACGGCCCUGCAGGACCCCGAGGCAACCCAGGGCCGAAAGGAGAACCCGGAUCGCCAGGCCCUGUUAUUCUCAGCAACGGAACUGUUAUCGAAGUCAAGGGUCAGAAGGGAGACCGAGGCAUGGACGGGCAGGCGGGCAAGCGAGGCGCCCCAGGGCUGCCCGGGCCCCCUGGCCCUAUGGGACCCCCCGGCCCCCCCGGACCCCCAGGCCCCCCAGGCCCCCCAGGACCCGCAGGACCCGAAGGCCCCCCCGGCCCCCCCGGCAUCCCCACCCCGACGGCGGAGAAGACGGAGUACAUCCCCGUGCCCGGACCCAUCGGCCCCCCCGGUCCACGUGGUCCGCCCGGGAUACCAGGUUCUCCGGCUUUCCUUCCUAAGAAAUACGGCUUCGGAUCGCCAUUGCCUCACGACACAGUGUUCGAUUCCUUCCCACCGACUUCGAGCGUUGGCAUGGGCAUUAAUUCUGCUUCCAUUCUCCGAUUCACUUCUCGCACUUCUAUGCUUCAGGAGUGGGCGUAUCACACCCCUGGCGCCCUCGCUUACGUUCUGGAUGAUGACUCGCUCUUCCUACGGGCGGCUCGUGGAUGGAGGGAAGUUGCUUUUGGCGAGAUGCUGACGCCCCAGAUUGCCAACACGCCCCUACGCCCGACGCCCACGCCCAUGAACCCGAACGUUGAAACGAUACCGGAGGAGCUGGCAACUGACCUCAGCACCGGCAGGGCUUGGAGGGGAGAGCCGAUGACGACAGACGUGGAGGACAACGAAUGGAAUACAAAGGAGCUCCGCCUGGCCGCCCUCAACGAGCCCUGGCAAGGUAGUUUCCACGACGUAGCCUCCCCGGACUACACGUGCUAUCGGCAGGCUAGGAGUGCCGGCCUGCGUGGGACUUUCAGGGCGCUGUUAUCGGGCCAGAGACACGACCUCGCCUCUUUGGUCCGUUUUGCCGACCGAGAACAGCCGAUUGUCAACCUUAGGGGUGAGCUUGUCCUGGGAUCCUGGAGGGACGUGAUGGCGGGUCACGGGGGUCAGUUCCUUGAGAAACCGAGGAUCUUCUCCUUCGAUGGCAGGGACGUCUUGAGGGACAGCGCCUGGCCCGUGAAGUACAUCUGGCACGGCGCUAACAAGUACGGCGAAACGGCCUACAACCUCAACUGCAACUCGUGGUCCUCGGCCUCGUCCAGCGCCUUCGGAAUGGCCUCCUCGCUCAACAGCCUGCAACUCCUCGCCCAGAAAAAGAUUGCAUGCGACAACCAGCUUAUUGUCCUGUGCAUUGAGACCACCAGCAGCCUCCCGAAGCGAAGAAAACGAGCGGUUGUAGAAGAAGAAAACGAAGACCGCAACGAAGAAGAAAACGGAGAGGGGAAUGCAGAAAACGGGAAGCAAAGGGGGGACCCUGAAGCCUUAGGAAAGAAGGAGGAGGAAACAGAUCUUCCCGCUUAUAGCCCGGUCUCACAGCCGCUGGAAUCGACGAGCGCCCAUCUCAGCGACAAACAAACAGAGAGUCACAAUAACCUACGCACGCAACAGAAACCUCCACCUCUUAUCCAGGAUCUCUAUCUUAUUUAAGCCAAGAUUAGCAUAAAGAAAAAACAAACAAAUAUUACAAUAUAAUCCUUAUGCACUCGUGUACUCUUCCUCUUUCUCGUUUUCUUUCAUUCUCUUUCAACUGCGAAGAUGAGAUUACCGUAAAUAAGG